GGUCCUUAGCUCCUAGGAGGGGUUCGGCUUGAUGGGCGCGCGCUGUGAGGAGGAGAGAGAACUAUUUGAAAGAAAAAAUGGCGGAAAAACAUUUGGAAGCAGAACGCGACGGUUUCGGGAGUGUCGCUGCCGCUGGGAAUCAAACUGAGUCUCUGUGUUCUAAAGUCACCUCGGCCGCUCAGUCGUCGAAGAGAUGCUCCUCCACAAGCCCCGGGUCAUCGAGCCUGGGCAGCGCAGCCCCACCACGCAAAUCCCCCCGGCUCGACCCCCCAUCGCCCACCACACAGGGGCCCGAUGCAGGAGAAACACAUCCAGAAACAGACAAGAUAGAAAACACAGAGGGGCCUUCAGGUGUCUCUGUCAGCCCGUCUGCACGCAGGAAAUCCUGGAGGAGAGCCACCUUGACGAGACGCUCGUUCCCUGCCCUGUCCAACCCAUAUAAAGUUUUGUGCAGGAGCAUAAGCACAUCCUUGUCUCAUCAAGAAAGGCUCGAGAGAUUGAUGGAGGCUUCCAUGAGGCUGGCUGUUGAAAGAACUCAAAAUUCACUCCAGUCUGUGCCAAACAGCUCACUGGAGCGUUUUCAAAAACAAGUUGAGCACAUGCAGAAAGAGUGGGGUUAUCUGGCCAAAAGUAUACACAGUGAACCACAGGUUCAUCUGCUCCAUGCUAGUGCCUCCAGUUCAUGUGAUGCUGCAGUGCAGAGAGCCAUGGAAAAGGUCCAGAAAACCAUCAGCAGGCUCCAGGCUGAGAGUGAAUCCUGGGAGGCACUGUUGAACAAACACCGGAGUAAAGCAGAGGAAGUGGAACGGAAAGUGGAGCAGGGCCAGGAGAGGGGCAUCACAUUAGACUCUUCAUGUAUGGCCGAGUCCUCGCAGUACCUUUUCAUACAGAACAAACCUGAUUACCACGGCCUCCUCUGUAGACAGCAGCCCAAGCUUCAAACUAUAGCGAUGAUUAUGGACACUCAGUGUAAGAUGGUUAGAGACCUUCUGUCUGUGAAGGAGCAGUCACAGUUACUCGUGAAGGAGACCAGUGGCCGAUUGGCGGCAGAAGCAGGAUUCCAGGAUCUUUCACCUGACCCAUUUAGAAACCUUAUGGCAGCACCUGUAUCCUCUGCAACCACAUAAGCACUCAGGCAAGGGGCAAGAACAAACGACAAAACACAUCAACAGACUCUGGCUCUUUAUAAAUUGUAUAUGAGCUUAUACAUAUUUUAAAUUGUUGUUAAGUGAUUUAGGAUCGUCAUUUCUUAAUUUCUUUGCUCUGUCUUUUUAAAACUAAAUUUAAUUCAUGUUUUCUACAAGUGAAACCAUUUCAUUCAGCAAACAACAGGACUGGUAAUAGAGCCAAUUCAUGUCCUUGACCAGCAGGUGGCAGUGGUUGGCUUUAUAAAUGUAUCGUGACUGGCUUGGUUAAUGGCCAGAGUAGAUUUUUAUGUUUUGUUAAAUCUGACUUAAGUGCAUCCACACCUGCAAAACCUGAUAUUAAGACUUGAGUGUGUCAGAAAUUGAGAAAGGCCAAAUGUUACAGAAGACUUGACAACAUCCUGUAAAACCACAUUAUUGGUCAUUCUGUGUAUCUUUAUGAAAUAAAGACUGGGAAAAAAAUUCUUCUCCUCUUGGAUCAAA